AGCUCCAUCAGUGCAAUUGUUCCAAUUCACACCCGCUGCAGAGCUGGCUCCGUUUUUUGAUUGUUGGCAUUGCAUCCAGCAUGUUGCCUUGAGAACAAAGGCUGCUUUUAAAUUGCAAAGAAUUGCAGAUGCCACAAAGGAAACUAAUCUCCACUAACUGAAUGGUCGUCAAGGAUGUGAACUCUGCUCUUUUUUUCUAGCUGUGUGAAAAGUUUAACCCCCUGGGCUUGCACCUCCUUUGGUUUUCAUGAUGGCAGCAACUAGUGGAGAAAGCCAGCUACAGAGGAUUAUCAGAGAUUUGCAAGAUGCUGUGACAGAGCUAAGCAAAGAAUUUAAAGAAGGAGGGGAACCAAUCACCGAUGACAGCAUCAACUUGCAAAAGUUUUCCUACAAGCUUGAGUACCUUUUACAGUUUGACCAGAAAGAAAAGACCACCCUGCUGGGGAACAGAAAAGACUACUGGGAUUACUUCUGUGACUGCCUGGCUAAAGUCAAAGGAGCUAAUGAUGGGAUCCGCUUUGUUAAGUCUAUUUCAGAGCUCAGAACAUCUCUUGGUAAAGGAAGAGCAUUUAUACGUUACUCCUUAGUACACCAAAGACUGGCAGACACUUUGCAACAAUGUUUUAUGAAUACCAAAGUAACAAGUGACUGGUACUAUGCAAGAAGUCCAUUUCUGAAGUCUAAAAUGAGUUCUAACAUUGUGGGUCAACUCUAUGAGUUAACUGAGGUUCAGUUUGACUUGGCAUCAAGAGGGCAUGACUUAGAUGCUGCUUGGCCAACAUUUGCCAGGAGGACAUUGUCCUCACAUGGCUCUUCAGCAUAUUUGUGGAAGCCUCCAAGUCGCAGUUCAAGCAUAAGUAGUUUAGUGAGCAACUAUUUGCAGACACAAGAGUUUCCAGGUAGCCCUGAUGCAAAUAACUCACUAAAUGCUGAACACUUGGAGGGCUUUGAAGAGAUGCGUGUGGAACUUGACCAGGGAGAGCUGAGGCAGAGGGAGCUGCAGGACCGGAUUAAUCAGCUACAGAAGGAAAACCAGGAGCUGCAGGCAGCUGUCAGCCUUCAGAAAGAACAAGUGCAAGUGGAAAAGGAAAAGAGCAGCAACUUCAGCGAGGAGAACUCCAGACUGACAAAGACGAUAGCGGAGUUACAGAAACAGUGUGAGGUUUCCCACUCCACUCAGAGCACUGUUCAUGACCUACAAAAAUGUGUGCAGGCAUUAGAAGUGAAUGCAGCCAAGCAGCAAAAGGACUACCACACAAGGCUUGAGCAAAUGGAGUCGAGUAAGAAGGACUAUGCCUCAGAACUGCAGCUCUUGAAUCGGGAGCUGGAAACCACCAGGGCUUCGGUCAGCAUGAAGGAUCUCUGCAUCAGUGAGCUCCAGACCAAGCUAAGUUCAACAGAGCAGAAGAAUCUAGAGCUCAUUGCAAAAGUCGAUGCCGUCUUGGAUGAAAAAGGACAACAAACCUCUACCCGGUAUGAGACUACCCUAAAGAUCCAAGAAUUGCUGGAGAAAGUUCACCAGGCAGAAAAGGAAAAGGCUGACAUCCAGAAACUAAAUAACGAACUUCUGUCUCAGGUAAAGACAGCGAGAGAGGAACUGCAGCUGAAAGAGGGGGCACAGAAAGAACUGGAAUCCAGAUUUAGUUGCCUCACCACAGACUCCAAAAAAGAGACUGAAAAACUGCUCAUGAGCCUGGAAAUGAUGGCAAAAGAAAUGGAUACAGUGCAGGAGGCGCUGACUGUGAAAGGAAAGGAGGUGGCUGAACUCCAGAUCCAGCUGAAGGGCUCACUGGCUCGUGUGGGGUCGCUGGAAAAAAAUCUUGAAGAGACCAGACGAGCAAAAGAGAACCUUCAGGAAGAGUGCCGCUGCAGGGAAGGUGCGCUGAAGCAGGAAGCCAGAACCUUGGCAGAGCAACUUGAGCUGCGGGAGGAUCAUUUAUCAAAGCUGAGUCAGAAGGUGCACAGCCUAGAGGAGCAAAACCAAAAACUCCUCUCAAGCAAUGAUCAUCUCCUCCAGAAGGUAAAGGACAUGGAGGAGCUCACAGGACAACAAAGCUUGGCACUGAACGAAAUUGGUGAAGAAAGCAAGAAACUGAAAUCUGAGAAUGCAAAUCUGCACCAAACCAAGGAGAAGAUGAAAGAGAAGCAGAAAAACCUGGAGGCAUCUAAAGCCUCUUUGGAAGCUGAGUUGGCCAGGCUGAGGGCAUCAGAGAAACAGCUCCAGAGUCAGAUUGACGAUGCCAUGGUGUCAGUGGAUGAAAAAGAGAAAAAGCUCCGGGAGCAGAACAAACAGUUGCAUGAAGACUUGCAGAAUGUCACAAGGCAAAAUCAGAUCCUGGAAGAGAGGCUACAGUCUCUGCAUUCUGAAUACCAAGAACUGAGGCAAAGAGAAGAUACCAUCAAGGAGUCUUUAGCUGAAUUGAAAACAGAGCACAAGAGUGCCAAACAGCAUGGUUUACAGGUGGAAAAGAUUCUGUUUUCCUUGAAGGAGUGUGAAGAGUCUCUUAGGUCACAGGUUACCGAGAAAGAUGUGAUACUGCAAGGCAUAGAGAGCCAAUGCAAGCAGUUACAGGCAGAGAUUGAGAUGUACCGAAAAAAAGCAGAGUCGCUUGAGGUGGAAAAGUUAAGUAUGGAAAAAACAUACCUUCAUCAAAUAAAAUUAAUUGAAUCCCUUACUGGAGAGAAGGAUUCAGUGGAGAAGGCCCAACUGGAGCAGGCAGCAUGUCAGGAGAAAAAGGCACAAGAGUUGGCUUCCAGGCUAGCCGUGUCUGAAAAGCAGCUGCACAUCAACCAGAGUGAAGUGUCCAAGUUGCAGGCAGAAGUGAUUGACCUUCGAGCCAAGUUUCAGGACACAGCUGAUGAGAGAGAGAGGAUGCAAGGCAAGCUGGAUGUCACGGAGGCGGUUCUGGAGGAACAAAAGACACUGGUCCAGCAGCUGAAAGAGCAGAGUGAGUCACUCAACAGAAACCAUGUGCAAGAACUGGUACAGUGUAAAGAAAGAGAGGAAACUCUGAAAAAAGAGCGGGAAAGGGAAGCCCAUCAAAAGGCUGAGCUGGAGAAGAAUGUGCUGAGUUUCAGGGAAGAGCUGUCCAAGGUUAAGCAGUAUUUGGAGACUGUUAAAAUGGAAAAUGUAGAAACCAAUGACUUGCUCCACAGAACCAACACUGACAUGGCUGAACUUGGUAUUCAGAUCUGUACUUUGACCUCUGAGAAGGGGGAUGCAGAAGAGAAGCUGGCCCAGGUCACUGAGAAGCUCAGGGAAUUGGGUGAGCAAGCAGCAAAGGAGCAGGAGAGGCUGCAACUUGACAUCUCCAUGCUCAGGCAGGAGAACCAAGGCCUGACAGAGAAACUAAAGGAUUAUCAAGUAUGCAUUGCAGCUGUUUCCAGCCUGCAAACACAGCUGGAGGUGGCAGAGAAACAGGCCCAAAGCUUCCAAGAGACCAGCAAAGAAGAGCUGUCUGCAAUAAAAUUUCAAAUGAGCACAGAGAUUAUAAAUUAUCAGACAAAAUUCAAGGCUGUCAGUGAAGAAUGCGAGAAAGUAAAAGAGCAGCUUGAGGAGCAGAAACGACAGCUGUGUGCUGCGGAGGAAGAGAUUGCAGAGCUUCACGCUGUAAACACAGAUCUGUCUAGCAAACUGGAGCAUGCAACAGAGCAAUUGACUGAAUAUGAAUCCACCAGGUUAAAAAAAGACGAGGAGGUGAUGUCGCUGAAAAAACACUUGGAGAGGACCCAAAAGGAAGUUGACAAAGCGAAUGAGCAAGUCAAAGAGUAUGGUGACAAACUCAACAAGGUGACUGCAGACAGAGACAGCAAUGAUCAGAAGUUGUUGGCCGAGCUAGACGAUCUAACUAGAACAAAGCAAUUCCUUGAAGAACGCUUGAUUGAACUUCUCAGGGAUAAGGAUGCCCUUUGGCAGAAAUCAGAUGCUCUGGAAUUUCAGCAGAAGCUCUGUGCAGAGCAAAGAUGGCUUGGUGACACGGAAGUAAAUCAUUGCCUGAGCUGUCAGCGAGAGUUUACUUGGAUGAUGCGCCGACACCACUGCAGACUGUGCGGUCGCAUUUUCUGCUAUUACUGCUGUAACAACUACAUGAUGACCAAACACAGUGGCAAGAAGGAGCGAUGCUGUAGAGCUUGCUUCAAUAGACCUAGGGUGAUCGUGGAUUACACGGAUGACUCUGGAUCCCGUGCGAGCCAAGAAGAACCAUCAGCUCUACUAAAUUCAGCAGUGUCUCCGACCCAGGAAGGUACAGUUACAAAUGAAACCUCCAAACCACCAGAUGAUGCAGUGUUUGAUAUAAUCACAGAUGAGGAACUGUGCCAAGUGCAGGAAUCUGACUCUAUCCAUAACGAAAGUCAAGCUGAAGUAGAGUCUCUGGACCAGAGUGACACAGAUCUGAACAGCACAUGUAAUUCUUCAACCUUGGAUGACUCCGAAGAAUUGCAAGUGCCCCAAGAUGCUGAGAUAUGUUUGCUGAAGUCAGGAGAACUGAUGAUAAAAUUACCCCUUACAGUUGAAGAGAUUUUAAAUUUUGGGGAAGACAACAGGGAGCUGUUCAUUAAGUCCAGCACCUACAGCACCAUCCCUAUCACCGUGACAGUGACUGGCUUUACAAUCAGCUGGGUGUUUUCAUCAGACCCAAAGAGCAUAGCAUUCAGCGUUGUCUACCAAGAAUCAGAAGAAGCAACACUGGAUCAGUGCAAAGUACUUAUUCCUAUGACCCGCUGCAACUCUCAUAAGGAAACUAUCAGAGGGCAGGUGAAGGCGAGAAACUGUGGUAUCUACAUACUGAUAUUUGACAACACUUUCUCUAGGUUUAUCUCGAAAAAGGUAUUUUAUCACUUGACUGUUGAACAACCUGUGAUCUAUGAUGGAAGUGAUUUUCCAUAGCCUUGAAUAUAUGGUGUCCUUUUUUAAUUAUAUUUUUAAGAAACACUAUUAUUUAUACGUAUGUAAGCACUAAAAAUAUCAUUGUUUGAACACUUCCUUAAGCUAUGCAGUAGUUACAAAACAAAGCACUUACAGUGUGUUUACACAAAAGAAAGAAGCCCUUCACGGGAACACUAAUGGCUCAGUACUGUGUAGAGAUUGCUCAAAAGCCAUGUUGUUCCGUAGAAUUGGUCAAAAAAAUGUUCAACCUUUUUUCAAUGAAAACUUGGUUUUUGACAAAAUUAAAAUGUUUGAUGUUUUUAAUCAAAAAAAUAGUUGGCUGAAAAAUAUUAUUUUCUUGAAAAGCUUAUAUUUUUUUCUUGGAAAAUUUUGAUUAAAAUAAAAGUAAAAAAAUUGAAGUUUUCAGUUGGGGAAAAAACAUUUUCUGACCAGCUCAUAAUUAUAAAAAACUAUAAAAAAAUGCAACUGUGCAAUACUCCAGACGUUACAGCUAUGUAUUAUUAAAGGAUCAUAUCUUUUUUUAGACUUAUAAGCAACAAAUAUACUUUUUAGAUGUUCAGUUUUGGUUUAAAAAUGUCUAACUGGGUUUUAAAAAACACUGACAUUUAAUGUCUGUUACCAAAAAAAAAUGCUGCAACAGUUCUAAAAUUAAUGAUUAUUUCUUCCACUCUUGAUCGCUCUUCUCUGUAAGUAGAUCCACUGAAAUCAAUGGAAGCUCUUGCAGAGUCAGGUAUCUCUCGAAGUAACUUACAGUGGCAGAAUCUGGUGUAUAAUUGGCAGAAAAAACUCAGCAGUUCUCGUGUGUGACACUAAAGAAAGGGAAAGGGGCAUGUUUCUUUUUUCUGCUUUGGCUCUUUUAAACCACAGUGAUCAACAAAAAUGAAAACCUCUAAGGAUAUAAAUGACAAGAAUGAUUCCUUUCUAUAGACUGAGUGGAAGGUAGCAAUCGGUGAGCCUCAUUGGGUUUGAUCCAAUCUAGAUAAAUCCACCCAAAACUGGAUGCAUAUCCAAACCUAGCGAGGAGCCUCGUCCUUCUCCCCUGUCCUCCUAUCCUUCUCUCUCCUGCUUACCAAUUCAGUCAGGUCACUUUCCUUUGUCCUUCCCCUUAUUCCUGCUUCCUCUACCUCAGCCUACCUGCUCCUCUGCUCCUUCUCUCCAAGUACAAAUGAUUUCCUCCACAUUUUCUGGCUAAAUCUGGCGACUCCUAUUACCAUUCUCCAUCCAGCCCUCAUGCUUCACUUUCUCCAUAUCCUCUCCCCCAUGUUUAUUUCCCCAGUACAAACCAGCGGUCUGCAGUCUCUGCUGGGCCCAGAGUGGCUCCUGUAUUCAAAUCUUAUGCACUCGUGGGCCAGGCUGGUUCAAAGUUUUCAAUCAAAACUGGUUUUGGUGGAAAAAAAAUUUUUUUAUUUUAAACAAAAAUCUCCAUAGAAAGUGUCUGCUUUCUGCACAAAAUUUGAGGGGUUCUCUUUUUUUGUUUUUUUUAUAAAAACUAGGAAAACAAAAGAUUUGUGGGCUUCA